AUGACAUCGGCAGACCUCUUCAAGAAGUUCACGCUCGAGAACGUGGCCCAGAUCGCGAGCAGUAGCCAUAAGGAGCAGAAGGAGGUGCGUGAGGAGCUCGCGGAGCAGUACCCCGCGUUAGAGGAGUACUGGGAAGAGAUUCUGCCCAAGAAGUCAGACAUCUUCAUCAUCCGCUGCCAGGGUCAGGUGCACUGUAUCACCCUCGUCAGCUCCCAGCCAGAGGUGCUCUUCUUCAACCACCACGGAGGGCCAUACCUACCGCACUUGAAGCUGCUGCACAAGUACCCCUUCAUGUUGAAGGCACACCAGGUGGACAUUGGCGGCUGCCGCUAUGUCAUCUCCGGCGCAAACGUCAUGUGCCAAGGCUUGACCUCAGCCGGCGGCGUCGUUGCGGACGGCACGGAGGAGGGGGAGGUGGUUGCUGUCUACGUGGAGGGCAAGGAGCAUGCGGUGGCGGUGGGCACCAUGCUCAUGUCCUCGGAAGAAAUCAGGGAAAAGAAUAGGGGACCGUGCAUAGAGAACAUCCACCACCUCGGCGACGGGCUGUGGAUGAAUCCCGUCCUCAGCGCCUCACACAUCAGCGUGUAG